AUGUCUUUCUAUCUGAACAAUAUCAUGUCAGACCAAAUGUUUGACGAUCUUCUGAAGGAGAAGCGAAUUCUUCUGGUUCGAUUUGGGUAUGCCGCAGAGAAAGAUUGCGAGCGCCUGGACAGAAUGCUUGCGUCAAUAAAUCAAAUGGUGAGCAGAUAUUUUGCAAUUGCAGCAUACGAAACAAGAGAUGUGACAGAAUUACUCCGCAAAAAGUACAACAUAACAGAGGAGACUCGGCACAUUCUUGUGUUCUUUACCAAGGGCGCACCUAUUUAUGUUUCGUUUUGCAAGAGGCCAAGCUUUCAGAUAUGCGAGUAUAUCCCGGGUGUGGAAGAAAUGCUGUCUCUUUUAAUUAUGGUGCACCAAGGAAUAACCCAUAAUAAGAAAAUAAUCAAUGUUUAUGGGACAUACUUUGAAAAUAAGAAAUCAGUAAGAAAGCUUGAGAAACAGGAAACUUGA